UUAUUAAUAUUUCCGGUGGCGAGGCAACCAGACAGACCACAGCGCCUGCCUGCCGAGCUAAUCGUUUUUCCGAUCAUUCUUUGUGUUUCCCAACAAAAUCCCUCCUAAAAUCUGUCUGGUUUCCUUCACCCAUGGCUUUCGCCUUGAUUUCCUCCAAAAUCUGCUCCUCCAUUUUCUCCUAUACAUCAACUUCAUCGUCGGCUCCAAAUUACUAUCCGUGGAAAUUUUCUAAAUUCCGCAUCUGUCCAUCGCCGCAGACUUUCAGUUGCAGGUGUAAGCACGAAUUAUCAGCUGUGGAUGAGCGGAAUUUCGUGCUUCACGAUGCUCUGGAUGCAUCUGGCAUGGAUACCACUCACGCACGGGCUGCCAGAGUUGGAUUUUGCUCGCAGAUUGAAAAGUUAUGUGACAUUGAGAGAGAAACAAGCAUAAGUGUAAAUAGAAGGGUUGAUUUGGGUAGAGCAGCUCUUCAUAUUGCGGCUGAAGAUGACUCUCUUAUAUCACACUCUUCUGUUCCUCUUCCUAUAGAUGAUUUUAUUGAAAGAUUGGAUAGCCUUUCUAUGGGUUAUUGCUCUCAUUAUAGUUCUUCAUAUAGAUCCUCGCCCGAGAAUUUUCUGGAGUGUUUAGAAAGAUACCUAUAUGUUAAUAAAGGAUUUCGAAGAACAGCCGAAAAAACCCACAUAGAGCAGCGUGCCUUGUAUCUCAAUUCAGUCUUGACGCAUCGCUCAGGUUCUGUCUCGAUGCUCUCAAUUAUUUACUCAGAGAUUCUAAAGAUGCUUCGCAUUUGGGGUGUCCUAGAUUUUGAUGUGGAAAUCUUCUUCCCUCAUGAUUCUCAUAGUUGUCCCAGGGGCUAUCAAAAAAAAAAGAGCACAGAAUCUGAUCAAUUACAUAUCAUGACCACACAAUCUUUAUUGGUGGAGAUGUUGAAAGAUUUAAAAAAUGCUUUCUGGCCAUUUCAACUCGAUAAUUCUAGAAGUCCAUUUUUAAGCGCAGCACAAGCUGCUCAGUGUUUCAUCGGACCAAAUAACACUACCGAAAGUGCCUUUGAACUUGCAUCUGCUAAAGCUGCUCGUCAUAGGCUGCAAAGAGGUGUUUGGACUAGUGUUCGAUUUGGUGAUAUACGGCGUGCACUAGCAGCAUGCGAGCGCCUUAUCUUACUGAAAACUGAUCCCAAGGAACUAAGAGACUAUGCAGUUCUCCUGUACCAUUGUGGAUUUUAUGAGGAAUCUUUGCAGUACCUUAAACUUUACCAGCAGCAAGCAGGCUUAGGCUCAAGCGAUGAGUUGGAGGGGGAGGAAGACGGUGCUGCUGCUGCUGCUGCCGCGGUGGAGGAGUUAAUAAUUCGGUUGAAGCUGAUUAUGAUGGAGGAGGGUUGGUCUCGGCGGGGGCCCCAAGACAGCAAAAGUAUCCUUUUCAACAAUUCUGAACCCUGGUAAUAUCUUCAAACCUUUACAUCUGAUUAAUCAUCGUUCAUGUAGCUGUAGAGUAGACAAUUUACUUACGUGUACAUAUAUAUAUAUACAUAUAUAUGAUAAGAACAACCAUGGUUGAUACUACCCUACCCUACCAUAUGUAUAUAUAUUUAUGCAUGUAUAUCAUAUGUAUGGUGACAAUGAAAGAAAUUUUGUGUUUAAUUGUUAAUUUUCCUUAGCGAAUAAAAUAUACAUUAUAUAUAUA